AUGCGAUUGGUGCUUUUCAGUCUCUUUUCAGCAAGCAUCAGUUUGCGAAGAAUUGGCACAUCUAUGGCUGUAAGGGGGGCCUGGUAUGACCAACCUAGAAUUUCGUAUAACCUCGGUCUGGUACUGCCAGUUGAGUACGUAGCGUCGAGAACGGGAACGCGCUUACUCAAACUGAACGGUUAUACGUACUACGCGACGCAGAGAGCCGGGAAAACAAGAUGGCGUUGCUCAACCCAUCAAUGGAAGGGCUGCAAUGCCGCCGUAGUUACGUUUGGAAAUCAAGUGCUGUAUGCAACUGGAAUGCACACUCAUCUACCCAAAGAGAAACAGAACUUGCACUAUAACUGUCAAAUUAAGAUCAAAGACGAUAGAACUUAA